GCUCAAAACACUAGACCAUAUGCCUUACUUAUAAAAGACAAGACAAAAAUUAGUUGAAAAUGUUGUCCACUGUGAGAAGACUGUUUCAAGUUUCCUCUAGAGGAAUAUCACUCUUAAGCAGAGCAAAUAAAAAGUUUGAUAUUAAUGACAACAAUGAGUUUGUAGACAAAGUUAUGAACAGUGAUGUUCCAGUUAUAGUCAACUUUCAUGCAGAAUGGUGUGACCCUUGUAAAAUACUUACACCAAAGCUAGAAGAGAUGAUAGGGCCAAUGGAUGAUCUCAAUCUUGCCAUAGUUAAUGUGGAAUUGAAUCCUGAAUUGGUGCACACAUUUGAAGUGAAGGCUGUUCCUGCUGUGAUUGCUAUAUCAAAUGGCUUAGUAGUUGACAAAUUUAUUGGCUUGGUAGAAGCUGAUAUGAUAGAUAAUUUGGUAAAGAAGUUAACAAAUGGCCAUCAUCCACCUGAUAAACAGGACAGUGCAACUUAAUGAUUAACUAAAACAGUGAUAUGUUCGUGGGCAAGUUGUAUUGUAUAUACCUUCAGAUUCACAAAGCACCCAUGAACUAAAUUUUUUUUGUAAAAUAUAGAUGUUUUCAGAAAUCGUGACUCGAUAGUUUUCUAAAGCUAAUGUGUUAAGAUAACUUUUAUUGAUUAAAGGUACUAUUUGUAUCUUAUUUUGCCUAUGCCUGAGAUUAACUCAUUGAUCUUCUACGAUUUCCAUAGUAAAAUAAUAAAGAAAUUGUUUCUUUUUAACUUAAUUUUAUGUGAUUAAUUUAUAUUUAUAAUAUUUAUAUUCAAAUCAAAUGUUUAUCAUCUGCGUGUUAAAACGUGCACUCGGUUGUAGUACAUAAUGCUUAAAUGCCUUUGUAUACAUGAAAAAAAAUCACCAAGAGACUAAAAAAAUUAAUAUUAUAUGUCAAACGACAAAUUA